AGAUAAGCAGAAGACACGUCGUUUGUGCUGUUGCUGUUGGUACUGUCAGAUUUCUGUCAGUUUUCUUUUCCGUUUGCGUUAUAAAGAAACAUGGUUCCCGAAUUAGCAGAUGACUAUGCUGCGUUUUUGAAAGUCGACCUGACAAAGGAGCUUAGUUCGGCGACAGAAUCUGUGGAAGAUAUGCUUACACGGUUAGAGGAAUUCCAAAGCCUCAUACACAUGGUGGAGGCAGAUGGUUUCCAGGCUGUGAAUACUUUGACAACUGAAAUUUUAGGGAGAAAAGAUGAACUGAAACAGCUGGGUGAUCGUAUUGAUGGAUUAGAAUGCCUUGUCACUAGAGUUAAAGGCGAUAUGGAUAAACUAGAAUCUCUUUUAAACACUGCCGAGACAGAGGCUAAUGCAUCAGACGGAGCUCCUUUAUUGAAAGCUCUUGGAUCUCUAUUCACUAAGAAACCAGUCGUUGACAUAGCGGGCCCUUCAAGAGUAGGCCAAUCAUCAACAUUUACAUCACCUGACAUUUUUAGCGCUGACAGAGUUUUUACAUCAUCACCAGAAAAUUCCUCAGCUCAGUCGGAAUAAGACUGUAUUUAUUAUUAGCCUCUCUUCACAAACCUUGUUACUUGUUGUUCAAUAAAAUAUUUAUGAAUGAUCAUUUUUUUAUGAAAGAAA